AUGCCAUCGAUUCAUGCAUUAUCAUCUAAAUUACAAUCAAUUUCAUCGCAACAAAAACUUGACGAUGAAAUCCAUAGCAUUUUGAAUACUCAUACCAUAAGUCACAUACAGACAUAUUCAUAUUUUAACAAAGAUAUUCCAGAAAAUAUGUCACCGGGUGAACUUUCAUCGAAUUUCGUCUAUGGUAAUCCUCACGAAAAUCUUCAACAGAUAGAAAGUUUUGAAAAACGCUAUCAAUUUUCAUACAAAAUCGAACGCGAACUUGAUUUACAUAAAUUCGAACUUAUUAUGACACUCGGACAAGGAUCAUUCGGCCGAGUUUUAUUAGUUGUAUUUGAACAAAACAAAAUUGAAUACGCUCUCAAAGUUUUAGAUAAAUCAAAAAUUGUCAAAUAUAGUCAAAUAAAACAUGUUCAAAGUGAAAUACGUAUUCUCAAUGCUAUUAAACAUCCGAAUAUUAUCAUAAUGCAUUCUUUAUUUAAAGAUAAUUCAUAUAUUUAUGUUCUUAUGGAAUAUAUUGGUGGUGGUGAUUUGUUUGGCUAUAUAAAUAGAUUAAAAUUUUUUCAAGAAAAUGUAACUUCAUUUUUUGCUGCUCAAAUCGUUCUUGUGUUAAUUUAUGAAAUGAAUACUGGUAAUCCACCAUUUAAAGGUCAAUCUGAUCUCGUUUUAUUUGAAGCAAUAUGUCGGAAGAAACCGCCUAUGCGAACUGGUUUUACGUUGAAUUUUAAAAAGAUUAUACUUGAUUUACUUGAAAAAGAUCCAACAAAACGAUUGGGUUCGAGUUCAAAAGGAUCGGCAGCAGUUAAAGAACAUCCAUGGUUUAUUAAAAUAAAUUUUCACGCAAUUUACACACAACAAAUUCCAUCACCAUUCUAUCAAUAUGUGAUUACUAGAUCAAUAGACGAUUGUCGUCAAGAAUCAAUAGUACGAAAUGAAGAACCGUUAGUUGUUGCUGAACAAGAUUAUUAUGAAGAAUAUUUCAAGGAUUUUUAG